AUGACCGAUAUGAGUAUCAAGACCUUGUGGAAAAUGGACGAAUCACUUGAUAUCUCUGAGGUAAGUGAGGGUGCGAGUCCCUCCACACCCACAGCACAGAUCAAUAUUCCAACGGUUUCAAUCAUCAAUGUGAUUAGUGAUAAAACAUUAUGGAAAUUGGAAGAAUCCCCCGAUAUUCCCGAGGUGAGUGAGGGUGCAAGUCCCUCUACACCAGCAUCACAGAUCGGGGUAGAAAAUGGUGUCGCAAUAUCACCCGAGACUGAUGUAGCUGAUGAAAUUGAAACCGAGAGUCAUGUUGCCCUUGGAAAUAUACCCAGUAAUUUAUGUAUACCAGACAGAACAGGACUGAUUUUGACCUCAAAUGGCAGAUAUGCAGUGAAAAGAAAACUAAAUGUCAAAUCCAUCGAAACAAAGUAUGAAGCUAUACUUGCUGUGGAACGUGGGAAUAGGAGAAAGUCAGAUAUUGCAAAAGAUUUUGGUAUUCCAUCAAAUACCUUAUCAUCAUGGCUGAAGUGUGCAGACAAAAUAAAAAACGCAUUUUUGAAUAGUACUUAUGGUCCGGAGAGGAAGAAAAUGCGGACAGGACACUUUGAGUACAUUGAACAGGCUCUUUACAAAUGGUAUGAUGAUGCCAGACGACAAAACUUACCAAUUUCUGGUACAAUACUGAAGAAUAUAGCAGGAGAAAUUGCAAGUAGUAUGGGAGAAACCAACUUUAAAUGUUCAACAGGAUGGUUAGACAGAUUCAAAGGACGUUACGCAAUUAGUUUUAAAAAUGACAAAGGCAAAUGCUUUCCAACGUUAUGUUCACAAUCACAUCCAAAUGACAUUUACAAUGCAACAGAAACAGGAUUGUUGUAUUGUGUUCUUCCAAGUAAAGAAAGCCUCAGCACUUUAAACUUUCCCAAAGCACAGAACAAUGAUGAAAGGUUGACACUGAUGGUUGGUACAAAUAUGACGGGUACAGAUAAGUUGCCUCUGCUUGUGAUAGGUAAAGAGGACAAUCCUUUCAAAUCUGGAAGCCCUGUAUCUCCAGUAUCCGGUUUAAAAUAUGUUUCAAAUGAUAAUGUAUUUAUGACAUCAGAAAUUUUCAUGGAAUGGAUUUUGGAUUUGGAUGUGAGAUUUUAUGAAAAGAACAGAAAAGUUACCUUGAUAUUAGACAGGAAUGCUGUUCAUCCAGCUGUAGAAGGUCUGAGGGCGAUAUCACUUGUGUUCGUUCCAGCUACAGAUCGAAAACUUCAACCAAUGAAUCAGGGAGUUUUACACCAGCUCAAAGUCCAUUACAGACGAAAUCUGAUCGCAAGACAAGAGCAACUUAAUGACACAGACUUAAAAAUUGAUAUUAAAGAUGCCAUCUUGCUCUUGGAAGAAGCUUGGAAUUGUGUUGGUCCUGCAAAAAUCUUCAAUUCCUUUAAACUGUCUGGAAUAAAAUCGUUGGAUGUUGAGGAGGGAGAUACAAUUCCAACAACAGAUGAUGAGGAUGAAGACAGAAAUUCUAAUUCACAUACAUACAGCUUCCAGCGAAUUUUGGACGAGUAUGCACGGGUGGAUGAGAACAUUUCUACGUGUGAGCCUCAGACUUGUCGACCAAAUGAUGAUUCUGGAGUCGUGAAUAACAGUACAGCAUUAGAAAAAUACUAUUCCAAAUUGUUUAGGACAGGGCAUAUUGGUGCCUCAACAUCAACAUCUCGUAAAGGUUUUGAUGGCAAGCAGUCCGAUGCAAGUGAACAUUCAUUUGGUAGUCGCUUGUCCCAACUGCCAGUGACGGACAUAUCAGAUGAUAAUGUGAUGAUGAUGCGGAAUCAAAAUUAUGGAGUUGGUGACCACAGUACGGACGCUGGUCAGCAGAACAGGUCACAGAGUGCUUCUGAGGACAAUCGUACCGUUCCAUCAACAAUGGAUGCAAUGCAAGCAUGUGUUACUCUGAGAGCCUACCUUGAAGCUCAGAAUCAUACAAGUGAACUUCUUGAAACCUUGGCAAAGAUAUCAGAUCGUGUGAUGAAAGAAGCCCUUGUGGAGCACCAGCAAAAUGCUUCAGAAAGAAGUGGAAGGACCCGUUCAUUCAGCAGUGACUCUGAACAGUUUCAUGUGAAACAUGAAAAUGUUGACUUUCAGUAG